AUGCAUUCUGCAGAGAAAGAAGCGGCAGCUGCAGUGGCCAAAGCAGAGUUCCUAGAAGCCUUGGAGUUCCCCGAAUCCGAGAAACACAGCCGAGUACUUGGGCCAGACCUAGAUCAACAAUAUCCAACACAGCGUGUCUCAGAAUAUGUCCAUCAGCAUCCCAAGACAGAUGACGACUAUGAUCCAGUAUAUCAGCCAGCUUAUACAGAGUGUCAAAGAUCCUACUUUGAGCCACAGUACCUCCAGCAGGACGGUAUACAACAAAGCGAUACUGACCAUAACUACCACCCUACAGAACAAAAGCUACAACCUUCACUUCGACUUAAAGGGAUACCCUUCAUGUCAGAACGGUAUUAUAUAGACUUCCCUAAGCCAGAAACCCCUAAAAGAAAAGUUGGCAAGAUGCCAGUCUAUGAUGUGGAGCGUUUAAUUACCCUGAUAGAAGAGCGGCCCAACCUAUGGGAUACGCGAUUGGACUCCUACCAUGACCGAGUCCUGAAGGAUAGGUCCUGGGAAGAGAUCGCUCAGGAAUUAGAUGGGGAAUUUUCCAAAGCAGACUCAAAGAAGCGGCACAUCAUCAUCAGCAAAAUUAAAAACCGCUGGUACUCGUGCCGGGACCAGUUUAAGCGCGAAAUGAAUCAGCGCCAAAGAAGUGGCGACGGUUCCUUGGCCAAAAAGCCAUAUUUGUAUACGGCCAACCUCCAGUUCUUGCGCCCAAUCAUGGAAACUCGACCAACCGUGGAUAACCUGAGUCAAGACCCGGUUGAAGUGGAAGCGGCUUCUGGACCUUCUUCCACGGAGAAUCCAACUGCCCCUCCAUCCUUGGAAGGUUCUCCACCGUUGGCAACGGUCACAGAAGGAACGGUCCCCCCCGAAAAUAUUGCUGGGCCACAGCAGAUAAACACCCAGCGUCGUGCCUCGGGUAGGCGUAGGGGUCCCCCUCCACCCGAUUCUGGUUUAGAUACUCGAACCAUUGUUGAAUCAAGGGUUAUGGAGUAUUUAAACCAGAAUCGUGGUGAGAGUCAUGAUGAAACGAUGGUGAAAAGUUUGGUGCCCCUACUGAAAAAAGUACCCGAGGAACGAAAAGCUCGGUGUCUAUCUGCUGUGGCACUUCUAAUGGACCUUUUUGCUGGUCCUCAAGAACCUAUUGCGACAGUCCACAAUUUGGAGAGGGAUCGCGAUGAGAUGCUGAAUUGGAGGCCAUUUGGGCAAAGAUUUUCUCAUCAUCCAUCCUCAUCACAGUAUUUUCUUGGAGAAACCUCUACCCAGGGGAGUUACCAAGCUCAACAUGGACACCCCAGGUCUUCCGAGGGAUCUCGUCCCCAAAGUUCUAAUACCGGCCCUUUUACAAGGGAAUUGUUUGAUCUCUAA